GCGGGCGGGCGCGCGCAGGAACAUGGCGGGGCCGGGCGGGAGCAGCGCUGGAGGCCGCGGCGUUGUGAUUUCAGACAAUUGGCCUGGAUACAGUCUGGAUUUGUUCACUUAUCCUCAGCACUACUAUGGAGAUCUGGAAUAUGUGCUCAUACCUCAUGGCAUUAUUGUUGACAGGACAGAACGACUGGCCAAAGAUAUUGUGCAAGACAUUGGAGACAAUGAUAUUGUGGUUCUCUGUGUCCUCAAAGGUGGCUACAAGUUCUGUGCUGAUCUUGUGGAGCACAUUAAAAAUCUUAGCAGAAACUCAGAAAGGUUCAUCUCCAUGAAAGUYGAUUUUGUUAGACUGAAAAGUUACCACAAUGAUCAGUCUAUGCAAGAUAUGCAGAUAAUGGGAGGAGAUGAUCUUUCAAAGCUGACUGGCAAGAAUGUUCUAAUUGUGGAGGAUAUUGUUGGAACUGGAAGAACCAUGAAGGUUCUGCUUAAUACUAUAGAAAAAUACAAACCAAAAAUGAUUAAAGUGGCCAGUUUGUUGGUGAAAAGAACAUCUCGGCCUGAUGGGUACAGACCAGAUUAUUACGGAUUUGAAAUUCCAGAUUUAUUUGUGGUGGGUUAUGCCUUAGACUACAACGAGCACUUCAGAGAUCUAAAUCACAUAUGUGUCAUCAAUGAUCAUGGCAAAACAAAAUACAGAGUGUGAAGCAGUAACAUCCACACCUGAAUAUUUCUGUGAAGCAGAAGUUUGACUACACUCCCUCAAGCGAUGACUUGACUACAUCUCCCAUAAGAGCAAUUCGACUGACUCGUAUGUCUUUCAACUCAGUAUAAUAAGUUUACUCUAGAGAUACUGAUGAAUAUUUACAGUCUGAGAGCUCUUAUCUAAAAUGUGAAGCAUAGGACUUUUACAGUUACYACCUUUAUUAAGUAUUAAAAUUACCACAUAAGAUGCCUUUUGACUAAUAACUUGUCUGCCUCAGGACUCACUGCAUCUUUUCUUUACUCAGUCCCUCAUUCCACCUAUUGCAAUUCACAUAUUUCACUUUGUUGCAUAAGGUCCUUCAAAAGUGCCAUUCUGUACACGAAGAUUAUUUUUACUAGAUUUCAUUGACUUCAGCAUCCCUUUAGUCUUGGUCAGAUAUACUGCUACCAAAUUGACAGCAUUAUUUUGAUUUAAUUUCACAAUUCAAAAUCUUCAGCAGAAGUUCUAUGUUGUUGUUACUCAUUCUUCCAAACAAAGUUUUAGUUCUCAGAAUGUACUGAAUUAGAGUGGUCAAAUUGAACUUUUGCAAGACAUUGUUGAUCUGAAAUUGGAAGAUAACGUGGCUCUGGUAUGUCAUGUAGCCAUAGAUCUGACCUGUUUAAUGCGCUGAAUCAAGACAAAUCAAGGCAGGCAGGUUUGAAUUUCUGCAUGGUAUCCCUUUCUUCUCUAGGACACAAUCAAGUAUAAAAAUUAACAGUGUUCUCCUGAGCUUAUAUUCUUAACUAAACCUCAUUAAACAAAAGUUUAGUGUUAGUCAGACAAUUAUUCAGUUAUUAUUUGAUUUUUGUGGCAUGUAGCAAAGUUGAGACUUUUUGUAACCAUCUGUCAUCUUUGAGAAUACAGAUCUGACAAUGCUGAAGAAGAUUUGUAUAGAAAAAAAUAGUAAAAAUAUAUAGGACAACACAGAAACCCAGUAAAUGUAAGAGUACUGUAGACUCUUGUUGCCUUCCUUUAUACAUCAUGUCUGAAGAAGUUUCUGAAUUUACAUGCUGUAUUAACUGCAAAAAAUUUAAUUUUGUAUUGAAUAUAAGUGUUCUUAACAACUUCCUGAUGGAAACCAAUGCAAAGUAAGCAGCUGUGUAUCAGUAGCUUUGCUCUGAGCUAUGACAGGCAGAUUGUUACUAGCUGCAGAUGCCUAUAAACUAAUAAAGAAAAAUGAAGAAUACUUGUUACAUUGCGCAGUUGGUUGUUUUCAUGCUUCAGCAUAUUUCACACAUCCCAUAAAAGCUUUAAAAAAUAUGCAUUUACCUGGUAAUGUAUACAUACCAUAUGUAUAUGUUCUGUAGCUGAUAAGCUGUUGUUAUUUGGAUAAAAUCCAUGAUGUUAAGGGAAUGAAGAAAUUAAAGAAUUAUAGUGAUUGCUAGAGAAAUGCCUUAGCCCUCUCUUCUCCUUUAACCUCUGUUUUGAAAGAGUUCUGUUGAAAAGUUUUCCCUCAGAGUAAACUUCUUCUGUUUUAGAGAAUAAUGCGUACCUUUACAGCCCCUGGAAGAAGCUGCUGAAGAAUUUCCUCCCUUUUUGUUUUGUGAGAGUGUUAAAGCUUUUCUUAAUGCUUCUGACUGCUACGCAUUUAGCAGUAAUGACACAUUGCUUAUACUGACAUGCUUAGGCUCAGGCUUAGUCCAAGACAUCCAUUAGGUUAUUUCCCUUUUUUCCUCUCUUCUUAAAAAAAUCACAAUCCAAUUCACUUUGCUACUAUGAUCAGCUUUCAGCAACAACAAAAAUGUAGGGAGUUAGUGUAAAAUUAGUGUGAAAAUAUGAAGUACUGUAGACACACACAAUGCAAACAGUGUUGAAAUAGUUUAAUUGGAAGACUCAGAUUAUUAAAAUCUACAUGCUUAAUAGAAAAGACCAGAUUUCUAGAAAAUAUGAGAACUGAGAUGUUUCUUCAAAUUCCGUUUCCUGCCGCCCUCAUAUUUUUAACAUUGUGGAAAAGCACUAUACAGAUUUCAUUAGUGAAUUUGCAUGUGGAAUUAUACUGUGAAUAAGGAGGGUGUUCUCUUCUAAUGUCAUGUUUGAAUUUGUACCUUUUUGUAUCUGAGCAUCUCCAGAUAUCUCAACUGCUGUCCAYGUUACUCUUUGCUUGAAGCACUUCCACCUGAAAAAUUAGCUUUCAAUUACUUUAACUAUUAGACUCCAAAGUAUCAUUAGUGUAACUGAGGGAACAGGUAAUCAUGCAUAUAUGACUGAUUAAUAUUGGCCUUAGUCUGUUUGGUAUGCUCAGAGAGUUUAUUACCUUGUGUUUUGGUAAUAGUGUUCUUUCCACUGUUUUAACUAAAAGGCCACUAAAUACUUUUUCAGUUGUGGUUGCACCCUAUGACCCACAAAGCUAUGUUUGGGUUUUUUUAAUCAGUUCAGCAACAUCUGUUACUUAAGAGGAGAUGUUCUUUUAAAUCCAUUCUUUCCCUUGGACAUGGUGUUUAUGGGCAAGCUUCCAUUUUUCUUCAUCUCAGUUUUUCUUCUUAAGCACUUAACACCAGCAUCUUCUUUUUAUGUACCAACAUCAACAUCUGUUGAAUACAUAUUAGCAUGGACAGUAAUUUUGUUUAAAGUGAUGUAAAUACUGAUCAGCCAUCAGAUUUUAGAUUUUAUUCAGUCCAUUUAUAUUUACAUUUGGUCCAAUUCCAAAAUAUCCAAGUGAUUUUCUGAACAGAAGGCUAAAGUAGCAACAAUAAUUCCUGGUUAACUGAAUAUCAAUUAGGAUUUCAUGUUGCAAACCAUAGAUAUGGUUUGAAUAUCUAGUAAUAUCUACCCAAAAAUAGAAUUUAAAUUGUCUAAAAGGUCUGUAAUUAAGRUAUUUUUUUCAAUUGAAUCAGCUGCUUCACUCUUCUAGUUAGAGCUCAACAAAGUAGAAAAUAGUGUCUGGUUGUUUGAUUGCUUACUACUAGUGUUAUGUUUCUUGACCAUGUCAUAUUAAUCCUCAAAGUGUUGCUAAGAAAUUUGUAUGAUGUAAAAUACCAACAUUUGUCCCCCAAAAUACAGUACUAACUGGAUGUGAUAUUCAGCUGCAGAACAGUUUCUGAUCUGUGAAAGAGUCUAAUCAUYACAGUUUAUACACAGGAAAAUGCUUUACUUUGAGAUGUACUUAUGUCACGAGUCAUCAUUAUUGCU